GAGCUUGGGGUAACUUUGGCAACGACAGAUUAUAAGUGGAAAUGAAUGCUGGAGCUGAGUAUUUACCUUAACCGUCCCCUUGUGAAAUGGCUAGAAAGGAACCACAUUUAUAGAAAACAUCGACCGUUAAGGUGUAUGGAUGCAAAUAAGAGCCAGCAUUGGUGAGUGAAUCCAACGUCAAUACAGGAUGGAGAAGGAACAACACAACAUCGUCGUCUUCAAUGUUUCCAAGAGAGAGCUGUUUACUACGAAUAAUGGAUACAAAUGCAUGCAGAAGAAACUAAGGGCUCAAUGGAAAAUACAAAGUAUGAAGGAGGAGCUGUCUUCGGAUAAGCUGAAGGGCGUCAGGCUGUGGAUAACUGCAGGCCCAAGGGAGAAGUUCACAGCAUCAGAGCUGGAGGAACUAAAGCACUACCUUGACAGAGGAGGAAAUGUCCUGGUCAUGCUCGGUGAAGGAGGGGAAAUGAAAUAUGACACCAAUAUCAACUUUCUCCUGGAGGAGUUUGGAAUAAUGGUCAAUAAUGAUGCUGUUGUGAGGAAUGUGUAUUACAAAUAUUUCCAUCCUAAAGAGGCGCUGGUGUCCAAUGGUGUACUGAACAGAGAAAUAAGUCGGGCUGCUGGUAAAGUGGUCACAGGCAUCAUUGAAGAUGAAAAUGUUGGAAACAAUGCGCAGGCUCUCACAUUUGUGUACCCGUACGGUGCCACACUGAGUGUGAUGAAGCCUGCUGUGGCUGUUCUUUCAACUGGCUCCGUCUGCUUCCCCCUCAACAGGCCUGUACUGGCCUUCCAUCAAGGAAAGGAGGCUGGCAAACUGGCAGUGCUAGGUUCCUGCCACAUGUUCAGCGACCAAUACAUAGACAAAGAGGAAAACAGUAAAAUUAUGGAUGUUGUUCUCCAAUGGCUCAUGGCUGAUAAUAUUCAGCUGAAUCAGAUUGAUGCAGAAGACCCAGAGAUCACAGAUUACACCAUGUUGCCAGACACAGGGUGUUUGUCAGAACAGCUCAGAGUGUGCUUACAAGAGGGUGAUGAAAACCCCAGGGACUUCACCUCUCUCUUUGACAUGUCUUUGUUUAAUUUGUCAACUGACACUUUACCCCAAGUCAUCAGUGCCUACAAGCAGCUUAAUGUCAAAGACGAGCCACUGCAGCUGAUCACACCACAGUUUGAGACGCCUCUGCCUCAGCUCCAACCUGCUGUCUUUCCACCUGCCUUAAGCGAUUUGCCUCCUCCCAUGUUGGACCUGUUCGAUCUGGAUGAAACCUUCUCUUCAGAGAAAGUGCGCCUAGCACAGCUCACCAAUAAAUGUACAGACGAUGAUCUUGAAUUCUAUGUGCGAAAAUGUGGAGAAAUUCUUGGGGUGACUCCAAAGCUGGAUAAAGAUCAGAGGGACGCAAAGCACAUUUUGGAACAUGUUUUCUUCCAGGUUGUGGAGUUCAAGAAACUCAAUCAGGAGCAUGAUGCUGACACAGAGGCCCCAUUCACUCUGUGAUUGGAUUCAAGAAACGUUAAGAUUUUCGACAUACUGUGACAGGACCACGAAGAUGAGUCUUUAAUGAAAGUAACCAUUUUUGUAGUUGUGGACUACAGUGUCAACAUGGGUACUGUUGUACUUUAGAAACUUUAUGUAAAGAUAUUUAUCUUUUUAUGAAUUUCUGUAAGGAAUAUGUAUACACUUAAGCAAAUAAAGCCAUUAGUACUUUUAUUUAAAUAUUCACAAAAAGACAAACAUUAGUGGACCCCUCAGCAUGAAUUCUCACAUGGAUCCUGUAAAGACAAAGAACAUGGGUUUGUAGAUUUUGCCAGAACAUAUGGGUAUUUAAAAAAAUUUAAAAAGUCUCUUUACAAAUUUAAACAAUACAAAAUACAAGGCAAUUGAUGUGAUAUCUUAAAUUUCUAUGUACUCAGUGGUUAUCAAAGUUAUCAAAUCACAUUGCAUCUGUGCAUUUCAGGUACACAGUUGAUGAAAUAGGUAGUGGUAAAUGAGCACCUAUAAAACGCUGAUAACCACUGAGUACAUACAACAAAUCUGAUUAAGAUCUCAAUUGCCUUUGUAAUACAUUUUUUUAAAUUCUAAGACAUUAUGGACAUCCAGUGUCUAUACACACACGGAGCUUACCUUAACAUUUUCAUCCAAUAUUUAAAACUUCCCUUUGAUUCAUCGAAUAUGCAUGGUGGGUGCAGAGGCACAAUCAUGCACAGCAGAAAAUGGUUAAAAUCUCUGUUUUGUCUCCAUAUUAAUGGAGUGCUUAGAGGGACCGACUUUGCCAGGUCAGGGAGAGACUUCAGCAAGUGAAUGUUGUGUGGACUGGGGUUUUGGACUCAGUGUUGCCUCCAGAGCACUGGGCUCCAUGCAGGGUUUGGGGCUGUUUUCUGAUUUAAUCAAAGACACAUCCCACGAUAUUUGAGAUGCAGUAAGAUCAUUGUAUGACUGGUCAUAACAAGCAUCCUUUUUUUUCUUUUGGAGGAGCAUUUGUGGAGUGGAGGACAUUCCCUGUAAAGGUACAGCCAGGUGACAGUUGUCAGUCUCUUGAGCAUUUAGGUUCAUUGAGAAGG